UUUCCGCCAUCGAUUUUCGAUAACCGCGAUUGCAGCUCUUCAUUAUUUUGCAGCGAGUCCAAAAAAAAGAAAUAUGGCUCUCAGACUAAUCAACAACGCUGUGCUCCGCCAGUUGGUGGCCCAGCUGCCCAAGAACGCCCAGAUGGGCAGUGUUGCUGGUGUCCACACUCUGGACAAGAUUGGCAAGCGGGAGAUCGUAGGCUUCGGCUGGAACGGCACCGCCUGCUACGCCGACCGCGUGGACUACCCUCUGCCCGCUGUCCGCUUCAGGGAGGCCAACAAUGAGAUCAACGCUCUGCGCACCAAGGAGCAGGGUGAUUGGAAGAAGCUGAGCCCCCAGGAGAUCAAGGCCCUGUACCGCGCCAGCUUCUGCCAGACGAUCGCUGAGGUCCAGGCUGGAACCGGAGAGUGGAAGAUGCACUUGGGCGUUGGUCUGCUCUUCACCGCCGCCGCCAUCUGGGUGGCCGUUCUGAUGAACCUGUUCGUGUACGACGAGCUGCCAGUGACCUUCGAUGAGGAGCACCAGAAGGCCCAGCUGAAGCGUAUCAUCGAUCUGGAAAUCAACCCCGUCACUGGAUUGACCUCCAACUGGGAUUACGAAAACAACAAGUGGAAGAACUAAGUCCGCUAUUCCAUAAAGUCCUUUGUGUGUGAGCGAGCGUAUUUAAGCAAACAGUUAGCCGACUUCUUAUUUGUAUUAAGUGGAAACAAGAUAGUCGAAAUUAAAGUUAUGGCUUCUGCCGCCUAAACUAAAA